AUGUCGACUAUUCUGAGAACGUUGCGCAACCUGCGCAGAGUUGGUCUACGUGAUGCCGCACAUCAGAUGCAAAACUGGCUUGGACUGGAACUUAUGCGGAAUGCAGGUGAUACCAAGGCCGGCACCUUGAUUGCGAAGGAUCGGUACGGCAACAAAUACUACGAGAACUUGGAGGAAGAAUUGCCUUUGCGCACAAGAUGGGUGGACUACAAGGACUACGAAUGCGAUCCCACACAGAUCGAGCCCGGAUGGCGCGCCUGGAUGUCAUACACGGUUGACAAGCCACCAACUCAGGACCCUCUCUUGCAAACCAAAGUUCGGCCGUGGGAGCUGCCAGACCAUCGACCCAACAUGACUUUCAGUCGCGCAGCAUACAAGCCAUAUUCAACUGUGAAGCCAAAGCUGAAUGCCUGGACACCGGUUGUUGCUCAGCGGGGUUAG